AUGUUAUAGUAUUCCCCUGAAGAUAAUAUUGAUGUUAUUACCUUGCCCGAGUUAUCCUUCAUGAAUGAAGACUUUGAUACUUUUGAUGAAGCCUACAAGCAUGCAUGUGUAUAAGGUUAAGGCCCAUAUUACGAAUGGGCAAAGCAAACUGCCAUUAAAUUUAAAUCUGUAGUGGUACAUGGAUACUUAGAACGGGAUGAAAAAGAAAGACGCCUCUAUAACUCAAUGCUGAUAGUGUCUGAAAAAGGCGAAAUAUUAAAAAACUAUAGGAAGCACCUACUAUAUUAUACUGAGGUUAUUUACAUUACUCCAGGUCCAAACUAUGAAUAUUUGGACAUUAAGAUUGCAAGGAUAAACUAGGUUAUAAGAUUUGGACUGGCUAUUUGCAAUGACAUAUGGACUAGGGGUGAGAAGGAGUACGAGUUAAUGGAAUUUGCAAAUUUUCAUAAAGAGAAUAACUCUUAAAUAAUACUAGGAAUUUCUAAUUGGCCGAAUUACGAAAUUUACUAAGAUGAAUAAAUCAUGAGCUAUGUGUAGGUGUCUGUGUGGCUUAACAGAAUGAUACCCAUUUUUGCUAGUGGCUAAACGCGCUAAAACAAAUAUUUAAUAUGGAAUAAUUGCUGCGGGAGAUUUAAUGAUUAGAUGAGAUUCGUUGGGUCUUCCUGUAUCUUGUAACUUACACCUCAGAUAAAAUACGUUAAUAAAUUGAAUGUAACUUAAGAAAGUGUGCUCGAGCAAAUAAUAGAUUUGUGA